CCGCCUCAUUCUUAUUGUUUGGAUCCUAACCGUACUGCGGACCGUGACUGCGGAGAAGUAUCAUUUUACAGUUUGAUAUCUCACUGAACUCACUUCAUCGUACUAUACGUGACUGCAUUCUAAACAGCUAUUCAAUACGGGGAAAUUAAGUUUCUACGAUAACUGAAUACUGAAUAUUCGUAUAUUGCUUGCAACGAGAAAAUAGCCCUGCGUAAAAGGAUUCUUUUUUUGAUAAAAUGGUCGAUGAAAUACGAAAUAAAUGGUGUGAGGAUUUGGAGGAUCUCCUACAAUGUCCAAUUUGCAUGGAGCGUCCGAAAAACGUUAUAUACCAAUGUAUUCAAGGACACCAUGUGUGUCAAAUUUGCAAGCCAUCAUUACCACGAUGUCCAACAUGUUCUCAAUCAUGGUCAAUGUCUAGAAAUCGGUUUGCAGAGCAUUUAUGCACAAAACUCGAUGAAAUAAAGAUGUCAUUGAUUGAUCCUGAGAACGAGAUCAACAAACUCCUUAUACCGGAGAAAGUUUCCGUAGCAUCUCAAACUGAUGAGAUGGAAACCCCGAUCAAAAAAAUUCAACGUGGAACAGGACAUCAGGGUAAAAUUUAUCCUUGUCUGAUAGGUACUUGCAAAAUACAAAAACAAUAUGAGGCGAUGUUAAAGCAUCUAAUCAUCGAUCAUCGUGAUCAACACUCUGAGCUAACCAGCGACAGAGCAGUAUUUGAACAUAAUUGGGAUUUCCAUUGUGUGCCAGAUAUGAUAUUUGAUCAAAGUUUUCUUGUAGCCGAUAUGGGAACGUUUUUCUUAAAACUUUCUACUGAUAUAUUUGGUAACUUUACCGGGUAUCUGUUGAUGAUACACAAUGGGGCGAUUGCAAAGCAAUUUACCUAUCAGAUUGAAGUGAGUUGCUGUGCAGAACAUACAUCUUGCUUUUACACCAGCGAGCUGUGUACAUGUCGCACACCACUUACAGUGAUGCGCGAAAAAAGUUUGCAUAUUAGUCGCAAAGAACUACUUAAGAUGCUCGAUCACAAGGAUGAGCUUACGUGCACAAUAAUGAUUGGGAAAACACCCAACUCCGAGGUUCAAGCAGAACAAAAAGUACCUAAAAACUCUCCGAAGUAUAAGCCACUGAAAGUGGCUCCUAAUGGAGUAGCAUCGAAUGGUCGAAAUCAGGCUUACAGACCAGUUUUUAACCGAAAGUAAAGUUCACUGAAACGUGAAGGCUCAUUGGAAGCCUUCGAAUUUUGCAUAUGGUAUGUACUUUAUUGGGCGAAAUUUCCAUUAAUUUCAAAACCCAAUCUAUUCACUCUCUCUCGACAUUUUGAGGCUCGGACUCCUGGUCCAUUCAGAUAACAUGAUUUCUAUAUUCUCAUGAAACACUUUAAGAUUGAAAAAAAAGUUGAAUUUUGCAUUUAUAUAUAUGUAGAUUAUAACUAGACUAAGAUUUUUAUACGCUACGUUAAAUGUUAUGGAGGUUGAAGAUAAGCGUACUAAAUAAAGUUUAUAAUUCACAUCUGCAA